AUGGCUGGUAAUUCAUUGAGCGGGUCUCUACCAAAAGAUGUUGGAAGACUACAAAAUCUUGUUACACUUAACGUCGCGCAUAACAAAUUAUCCGGGAAACUUCCUUUGGAUUUGGGAACCUGUUUCUCAUUGGAAGAACUCUAUCUGCAAGGAAAUUAUUUUGAUGGAACCAUUCCAGACAUAAGUGGGUUGGUGGCUGUUCAAAGAGUUAAUUUGUCAAACAAUAAUCUUUUUGGAAGUAUACCUGGAUAUUUUGCAAAUUUUUCAAAGUUGCAGCGUCUAAGUCUAUCUGAUAACAAUUUCGAGGGAUGCAAACCUAUGUGGAGGCAUCAAGGAACUGAAACUAAAACCAUGCUUUGCGCAAGCACCACCAAUGGAGACAAGGCAUUCCUCUCAUUUAAAGAAAUUGUGAUCGGGGUUAGCGUAGGCAUAGCUUUGCUUUUGUUUUCGGUCAUAGCUUCAGUUUCUCUGUGGUUAAGAAAAAGAAAGAAGAACCAUCAGACUAAUAAUCUAACUUCUUCCACUUUGGGGGCCUUCCAUGGAAAGAUAAGUUACGGAGAUCUUCGAAAUGCGACAGAUGGCUUCUCUUCAAGCAAUUUGAUUGGGUCAGGCAGUUUUGGUACUGUGUUUAAGGCAUUGCUCCCGACAGAAAACAAGAUUGUUGCAGUGAAAGUUCUAAACAUGCAGAGACGUGGAGCGAUGAAGAGCUUUAUGGCAGAAUGUGAAUCCUUGAAGGAUAUAAGGCAUCGUAAUCUUGUGAAACUAUUGACAGCUUGUGCUAGUAUUGAUUUCCAAGGAAACGAAUUCAGAUCUCUCAUAUAUGAGUUCAUGCCGAUUGGAAGCUUGGAUAGGUGGCUGCAUCCAGAGGAAGUGGAAGAGAUUCGUAGGCCCUCAAGAACCUUGACACUUCUUAAAAGGCUUAACAUUGUCAUAGACGUGGCUUCUGUUUUGGAUUAUCUUCAUGUUUAUUGUCAUGAGCCUAUAGCUCAUUGUGAUAUUAAGCCAAGCAACGUCCUUCUCGACGAUAAUCUAACCGCCCAUGUUAGCGACUUUGGUCUGGCUCGUCUUCUCCUCAAAUUCGACCAGGAGUCCUUCUUUAACCAACUAAGCUCAGCUGGUGUUAGAGGAACCAUCGGGUAUGCUGCACCAGAAUAUGGAAUGGGAGGCCAACCAUCAAUACACGGUGAUGUAUACAGCUUUGGGGUUCUCGUUUUGGAAAUGUUCACUGGAAAACGACCUACCAAUGAGCUAUUUGAGGGGAGCUUUACCCUACACAGCUACACCAAGUCAGCCUUGCCAGAAAGAGUUUUGGACAUUGCAGACAAAUCGAUUCUUCAUAGUGGUCUCAGAGUUGGUUUCCCUGUAGUUGAGUGCUUGAAAGUGAUUUUGGAUGUGGGACUUAGGUGUUGUGAAGAAUCUCCAACAAACCGGUUAGCAACGAGUGAAGCCGCCAAGGAGUUAAUCUCAAUCAGAGAGAGGUUCUUUAAAACCCGGAGAAUGGCCAGACGUUGAAGUGUUUAUGGUUUCCUCUACAAACUUUUCCAUCCACUUAAAAGCCUAAAUUUGAUGCCUAUAUAAUAUCAUACUGUAUUUUAUAAUCUGUGAUUUGUUUUUUCCUCUGUUUAUGCUCUGUUGUUUCAGACAAGAUUGAAUGUUUGUGUGUUUCAGCUUUUACAUUUUCUGGGGAUAAGAAUAAUUAAGGAAAAAAUGAAGUAGCUGUGGUUUAUCUA